AUGACAAAUGCACAGAAGCAUGUAGGCACCAUUUUUAGGAAUGAUGAAAGGAUUAAAAGUGUGCUGAGUCAAUUCAUGUACUGUUAUGAUGAUGAAGAUGAUUUUUGUAUACAAUGGGAUGUAAUGUUAAGGGACUACAAUGUUGUUGGUAACACAUGGUUGAACAAUUUGUUUGGUUUGAGAGAAAAAUGGGGUUAUCCAUUUGUUAAACAUUGGUUUACCGUUGGAAUGCGGACAACGCAGCUGAGUGAAAGUCUAAAUAGCUGCUUGAAAGAGUACUUAACCAGGAAAAUGAGUAUUCCAGAUUUCUUCAUGCACCUUGACAGGUUAUUGUCAGACAAACGGUACAAGGAAUAUCAAGCUGAGUAUGGUUUAUUCAGUAAACUAUCUAGACUUAAACAAAAUUGUCCCAUUCUAAAACAAGUGGGCAAUAUGUACACGUUGAAGAUUUUUGAACUUUUCCAGGACCAAUUCAUAGAAGCUUGUGUGGUUGCUACCGUGGAAGGAACAAGUUUAGAUGAAAAUGGAUUACGUGUUUCUAGAGUAUCUGUUCAUGAUGGCAAUAUGGAUCGGACUUUGACAAGGUGGGAUGAUGGCUUUCUAAGUUGUUCGUACGGGAAAUAUGCAAUGGAAGGUAUUUUGUGCAGCCAUGUACUUAAAGUACUGAAAGACGACACUCAUUAUUUCAAAGAAUUACCUUCUAUGUAUAUACUAAAAAGGUGGAUGAGAAAAGCUAAGGAUAAUAGCGUACAAGACAUCCGUGGAUGUGAAGUUAUUGCUGAUCCUAAACUUGAAGUACGCAGAAGGUAUAGGAUGUUAUGUCAUUUUUUUACAGAAAUCAACUCAUUUGCAUCCGAGAAAGAAGAGGUAUUCAAUAAUUUGAUGCUAAAGGGGAUGAAAUGGAAAAGGAAACACAUUAAUGUUGAAAGGCAAUGUUCCGAUGUUGAACAAAAGGCAACCAAUUCAGCUUUUUCAGUUGAAAGAAGUAAUAAUCAUGAACAUAAUGAAAGUAUCAUUGGGCAAGCCGUGACCGAAAGUAAUGCCAAGGGUAUAAAGAAUAAAGAAACAGGUGGUAAGGGACCAAGGCGCAGGAAGAAGAAUAAGUUUGAACAAUACAUGUAG